AAGUGUACGAAAGAAAAUUCUUCCAAAAGACUUCCUUUAUACUACAAGAGAAGGAGUUCUGAGUUGGAGUGGUUAAGAUUCUGAUCUCAUUCAAAGAUGAAAAAGCAAAAGAAAUUUCGAUUAAAAAAAAGAAUGAUGAUGUUACUGGAAAAAACCUUCAAGGACUUUAUUUGUCCGUUUUGAGCUGUUGGAUUCCCAGUCUCUCUUUCCUUGCUUUGCCACUCUGUUGUCACACUAUUAGUUUAGCCCUAAACAUAAACUUACAAGCGACAUACAGACAUUCUGUCCUUUCAUUCAUUCUCACACUUUCAUGCCAAAAACCUUCAAACACUCCUUCCCUCUCUUCUCAUGGAUCUAGCUUAGUUUUUGAGAAAUUUCCGUCUCACAAGAAGCAGCAGGUUUUCUUGAGAACUGAAAUGGCUGCUGAGAAGCCUAGCUCUAAAGGACAAGCAUGGUUUUGCACAACUGGGCUGCCAAGUGAUAUUGUGAUUGAAGUAGAAGAUAUGACCUUUCACCUCCACAAGUUUCCUCUGAUGUCAAAAAGCAGAAAGCUUCAUCAACUAAUAACAGAGCAAGAAACCCAAAGGAAUGACCAACAAGAACCAGAAGAAGAAAGAGAUGAAAUUGAAGAAAUUCUUUGUCAGAUUUCUCUCCUUGAUUUCCCAGGCGGCUCUGAAACGUUUGAGAUGGCUGCCAAGUUUUGCUACGGCGUAAAGGUAGACUUAAACUCAUCUAUCAUCGCUCCUCUUCGCUGUGCCGGAGAGUUUCUUGAAAUGAUGGAAGAAUAUUCAGAAGAUAAUUUAAUUUCCAAGACAGAGAGGUUUUUCUCUCAUUCUGUACUCAAAAGUCUCAAGGAGUCAAUUAAGGCCUUAAAAUCUUGCGAGCGGGUAAUGGCACUGGCGGAAAGUUUAGGCAUUACAGAGAGAUGCAUUGAUUCCAUUAUUUCCAGAGCAUCCUCUGCCGAUCCAGCCUUAUUUGGCUGGCCGGUUAGCGAAGCAGCAAAUGAGAAUAUCAAAGCCAGUUCCAAUCAGGCCCUGUGGAAUGGGAUUGAAUCCGCGGUACGUAGAAAAGGAGGUGGUGCUAGAAGCAAUAAUGCGGAUUCUUGGUUUGAAGAUUUGGCACUUUUGGGCAUGCCAUUGUUUAAGCGAUUGAUUUUGGCUAUGAAAGUGCGAGAUCUGAAUCCGGAGAUUUUAGAGAGUUGUUUAAUGUACUAUGCCAAGAAGCACAUUCCGGGCAUAUCAAGAUUAAGUAGGAAGCCGUCUUCUUCAUCAUCUUCAAUUGCUUCAGAGGGUGGACAAAGGGAAGUGUUGGAGACUAUUGUUUCCAAUCUUCCAUUGCACAGAAGUUCUAGAUCUUCCACAGCUACAAGGUUCUUAUUUGGUUUGCUAAGAACUGCUAACAUACUAAAUGCAGCUGAAGAGUGUCGGUCCACUUUGGAGAAGAAAAUCGGGUUGCAACUGGAGCAAGCUACACUAGAUGAUUUGUUGAUUCCUAGCUAUUCAUAUUUGAAUGAGACAUUAUAUGAUGUGGAUUGCUUGGAGAGAAUUUUAGGCCACUUCUUGGAUGGACUUCAAGAAGAGAGAAAUGUAGGUGAGAUUGAAGCCGGCGAGGAUGGUGGAGAUAGCAAUGUGAGAUCACCCACUUUAAUGCUUGUUGGUAAACUAAUUGAUGGCUAUCUUGCUGAGAUUGCAUCAGAUGCAAAUUUAAAGCCUGAUAGAUUCCAUAAUCUUGCAAUUUCACUACCGGAGCAAGCUAGACUCUUUGAUGAUGGCCUUUACCGAGCUGUAGAUGUCUAUCUCAAGGCCCAUCCAUGGAUAUCAGAGGCGGAGCGGGAGAAGAUAUGUGGAGUAAUGGAUUGUCAAAAGCUCACAUUAGAAGCGUGCACUCACGCAGCACAAAAUGAGCGGCUGCCAUUGCGUGCGGUGGUUCAAGUUUUGUUUUUCGAGCAGUUACAGCUGCGCCACGCAAUUGCAGGGACAUUGAUUGCGGCUGAAGCUGAUCCUGCAAGGCCAUCCAUGCUAAGACGGAGGGAGGAAGAGGCAGAGGCAGAAGCAGGGGCAGAGGUAGAAGCAGAAGCAAUGCAGGAGGGUACCAGUAACACUUGGAGGGCAGCAGUGAGGGAAAAUCAAGUGCUGAGACUAGACAUGGACAGCAUGAGGACUAGGGUGCAUCAGCUUGAACGAGAAUGUUCAACUAUGAAGAAGGUGAUUGAUAAGAUUGAUAAGGAGGGUCCGCGUGGUAACAAUGGAGGGUGGAGAGGGUCCCUGACAAGGAGGUUUGGGUGCAAGUUCAAGACCCAAGUUUGUGAUUCUCAUGAACAAACGGUUGUAAAUGCUAGGAAGGGAAGGCAGGAGCAGCAGCAGCAGCAUCAUCAUCAUCAACAAUAGAUGAUUCAGCAUGGGAGCAUGGGAGGUCUUGUUAUUAGUAUUCAUUCAAUCCAAAUCACAUUGUGCAGUGGUUGUCCAUAAUUUAUUAUGUUUAGUCCAUGCAAGUUGCUUCCACUUGUGGUCUUAAAAGAUGGGGGAAUAAAAGUACGAUUUUUUUCUCAA